AUGGUGAUGGACAAAGCGCGUUUGGCGGCGGUGAGGUUGUUUGGCCAGCCAGAAAUGACUCCUGACCAUUUCCUAGAGGGCAAAAAUGCUGGAUACGUUCGUAGGGUUUUUGCAACAUCACCAAUAUUCUCGAGAAUUAAGCCUGAACAACCAACAUGA